AUGAACACGAGCAACACAGCAGGAAAAGUAAUAAAAUGCAAAGCAGCUGUGCUAUGGGAGUUAAAAAAACCCUUUUCCAUUGAGGAGGUGGAGGUUGCACCCCCGAAAGCCAAUGAAAUUCGUUUUAAGGUGGUGGCAAUAGGAAUCUGUGGCUCUGAUAACAGUGUGGUUGAUGGAAAAGUGCCCAUGCCUCUUCCUGUAAUAGUAGGCCAUGAAGCAGGUGGCAUUGUGGAGAGCAUUGGAGAAGGAGUGACUACAAUCAAACCAGGUGAUAAAGUCAUUCCAUUCUAUGCUCCCCAGUGUGGAAAAUGCACAGUUUGUAAACGCCCAGAAGGCAAUAUCUGCUCAAAAUAUAACACAACUGUGUAUCAAGGGACCAUGCAGGAUGGCACCACCAGGUUCACUUGCAGAGGGAAGUCCAUCUAUCACAGCUUUGGCAUUGGGGCCUUCACUGAGUACACAGUGGUGGAUGAGAUCUCAGUGGUCAAAAUCAAUGAAGCUGCACCUCUGGAGAAAGUCUGCCUCAUGGCCUGUGCAUUUUCUACUGGGUAUGGAUCUGCUGUCCAAGUUGCCAAGGUCACUAAAGGCUCCACCUGUGUCGUGUUUGGCCUUGGAGGAAUUGGCCUGUGUGUAAUCAUGGGCUGUAAGUUAGCUGGAGCCGCCAGGAUCAUUGGCGUGGAUAUCAACAAAGACAAAUUUGCAAAGGCCAAAGAAGUGGGGGCCACUGAGUGCCUCAACCCACAGGAUUUCAAGAAACCCAUCCACGAAGUGCUGACAGAAAUGAGUGGUGGAGGGGUAGACUUUUCAUUUGAAGCUGUUGGUCAAUUUGACACCAUGGUGUCAGCCUUGGCAUGCUGUCAUGAGGCAUACGGUGUAAGCGUCAUGAUAGGAGCACCUCCUGGUCCCAACCUUGAGAUGAACCCAUUGUUGCUACUGACUGGACGCACCUGGAAAGGAACAAUUUUUGGUGGUAUGGAAUCACAAGAUGACUUAUCAACAACCUCCAUUAUGCACAUGGCAUAA